AUGCUGGAUGAGCCAUCCGUGAUGGAAACCCAGUACACAGAGGAUGACCCGGGACCUGGCACCCCCAGAGGAGAGCCGAGAGACCAGCAACAACCCAUUUCACAGUUAAAGUGCUGGCACUCAGUGCAUCAUGGCUGGGCUGUGCUGGGAGCAGUGGGCCUGCUGGCUGGAGCUGGCGUCAGCUCUUGGCUCCUAUUGCUGUACCUGCAGCCCUCUGCCUCCCAGCCUAUCUCCGGACCCUUGCAGCAGGAGGAGAGUGUGAGCUGUUCUGAGGCCAGCAGCCAGGAACCUGUUACCCCCACGCUUCCCAAAACAGUGUCUUUCAGAAUAAACAGAGAGGACUUCCUGCUGGAGGUGCAGUUGAGGGCCUGGCCAGACUGGCUCCUGGUCUGUCACGAAGGCUGGAACCCCGCCCUGGGGUUGCGGAUCUGCCGGAGCCUUGGGCACCUCGGAUUCACUCAGCACAAGGGAGUAAACCUGUCUGAUAUCAAGUUCAGAGGCUCUCGGGAGUUUGCUCAGCUGUCUCCCAGACUGGAAGGCCUCUUGGAGGAGGUGUGGCAUCUUAGGGACAACUGUACCUCUGGUCGAGUUGUGUCCCUCAAAUGUUCUGAAUGUGGAACAAGGCCCCUGGCUUCCAGGAUAGUCGGUGGACAGGCUGCAGCCCCUGGUCGUUGGCCGUGGCAAGCCAGUGUCACCCUGGGCUCCAGGCACACGUGUGGGGCCUCUGUGCUGACCCCACACUGGGUGGUCACUGCAGCGCACUGCAUGUACAGUUUCAGGCUGUCCCGGCUGUCCAGCUGGCGGGUGCACACAGGGCUGGUCAGCCACAGUGCAGCCAGGCCACACCAGGGGGCCAUGGUGGAGAGGAUCAUCCCUCACCCCUUCUACAGCGCCCAGAAUCAUGAUUAUGACAUUGCUCUCCUGCGGCUCCGGACGCCGCUCAACUUCUCAGACACAGUGUGCUUGCCAGCCGAGGAGCAGCAUUUCCCAAGUGGCUCUCAGUGCUGGGUGUCAGGCUGGGGCCACACUGACCCCAGCCAUGCCCACAGCUCAGACACUCUCCAGGACGCCGUGGUGCCCCUGCUCAGUUCCCGGCUCUGCAAUAGCUCUUGCAUGUACAGUGGAGCCCUCACCCACCGCAUGCUGUGUGCCGGCUACCUGCACGGAAGGGCCGACGCCUGCCAGGGGGACAGCGGAGGCCCCUUGGUGUGUCCAGAUGGGGACAUGUGGCACUUAGUGGGCUUGGUCAGCUGGGGUCGUGGCUGUGCAGAACCCAAUCACCCAGGUGUCUAUGCCAAUGUGGUUGCGUUCCUGGACUGGAUCCAUGACAUUGUGCAAUGCUCCCCGUGCCUGCUGCAGAAGGUAGGCUAUGACAAUGUUCGGGAGGGGAUUUCAGGAGAAAUUGAGCAAUAUUCAGUGUAA